CGCAAGCCAGCAUGUUUAACGCUCGGACAGCGUUGAACUUCAAUUGGGCAAAAUUACUCGGCGGGAGAUCAAAUGCGGAAUUUACCAAGUCUAAAAAAAAUCUUGGCACACAGGAACAUGACCUCUUUGGAUUAUUAAUUCAAAUAAGUUGUGGCGAAAAGAGAAGACACGUGCCAAUUUUGAUGGUUGAUUUAAAUACCAGUGUAAUAUAA